GCGGGAACAUUAUAUAUAUAUUAAAUAAAGGACAACUUUCCCAAGAUUGCAUUUUUACCAGAAAAGAAACAAGAUUUGGAUUUUGCAUUUCCCUCAAUCGUGCCGGCCUCAACGACACGACUCGAUCUUUCUUCUCCCUUCCAUUCUGUCCAGACCUAUCUUUCCCAACCAAUUAAAUAAAUUAAACGCAGUACUGUUUUUAACCUUUUGGCUUUUGAAACUCCCAAAAUCAAUGCCACUCAAUGAUUAUACACACGCCUUUCCGGGUUCAGUGUUGUGGGGUUUUUAGUGUGUGACUGUGUGAGAGAGAGAGAGAGAAUCUCGGAAUCAAAAAAAAUAUCAAACACAAAUGGUGGUGCCUAAUAAUUCCAGUUCAGCAGCUGUCGUCGUCGGAGGAGGAGGCGGUGGAAGCUCAGGAGGUGGUGCAAAUGCAACUGCAAGGCCGUCUUCAUCCCACAGUAGGCCUCCACUUUCUUCGUCUUCUUUCUCCUCUGCAUCUACUUCUUCUGGUGUGAGUAAUGGUGGUACGAAUUCGGCUACAAGAAUCACGGCCAACGGCGCCACCAAUGGCGGCGGCGGCGGCGGAGGAGGAGGGAAACUUCAGCAGGAACAGGCAUUUUCUCAAUCUGUGCGAACCCGAGUUCCGUUAUCAUCUUCCAACAAUGGCAAUUCGAGAAGGUCGCGCUCUCUUAGUAACUCCUUCAAUGUUCCAGCUUCUCGUAAUCGCUCCCCUUCGCCUUCGCCUUCGCCCUCGUCUCCUUACGUCGAUGAUCCAGAACCAGGAAGAGUGAGAGUUGCUGUCAGACUUCGACCGAGAAAUGCUGAGGAUCUGUCAGAGGCCGAUUAUCCUGAUUGUGUUGAAGUACAACCUGAGCUCAAAAAAUUAAAGUUGAGGAAGCACAAUUGGAGUGCCGAGUAUUAUAGGUUCGAUGAAGUUUUUGCUGCAAGUGCUUCUCAAAAGCGUAUUUACGAGGUGGUCGCUAAACCUGUAGUCGAGAGCGUGUUGGAAGGAUAUAAUGGGACUGUGAUGGCCUAUGGUCAAACAGGUACUGGAAAGACCUAUACCCUCGGUAGACUGGGGAAAGAUGACGUCUCGGAGCGCGGUAUCAUGGUCAGAGCUUUAGAGGACAUAAUUGCAAAUACAUCUCACUCAUCUGAUUCUGUUGAGAUCUCAUACCUGCAGCUUUAUAUGGAAUCUAUACAAGAUUUGCUUGCACCAGAAAAUACUAACAUUCCAAUUAUUGAGGAUGCAAAGAGUGGAGAAAUCCUAGUUCCUGGUGCCUCUGUCGUAAAGAUUCAGAAUCUUGAUCAAUUUCUACAACUGUUGCAAAUAGGAGAAUCAAAUCGGCAUGCAGCAAACACCAAAUUGAAUACAGAAUCAUCACGUAGUCAUGCGAUUCUCAUGGUUUAUGUACGUAGAUUCAUACAUGAAGAAGAAGUAAGUGAUAUCUCUUCAGGAAAAAGAGAUAAAAAAGCUGGAGCACCAGGCCUCAAUGUACCCACCAUUCGGAAAAGCAAGCUAUUGAUCGUUGACCUUGCUGGGUCGGAACGCCUUGACAAAUCUGGGAGUGAAGGUCACAUGGUGGAAGAGGCUAAAUUUAUAAAUCUCUCACUCACUUCUUUGGGAAAAUGUAUUAAUGCAUUGGCUGAAAAUAGUCCUCAUAUUCCCACUAGAGAUUCCAAACUAACCAGAUUGCUGAGGGAUUCUUUUGGAGGGUCAGCAAGGACUUCACUUAUAAUAACAAUUGGGCCAUCUUCUCAGCAUCAUGCAGAGACAUCAAGCACUGUGAUGUUUGGACAAAGGGCAAUGAAAAUAGUAAAUGCAGUAAAGCUAAAAGAAGAAUUUGAUUAUGAAAGCUUAUGUCGCAAGCUUGAGACUCAAGUUGAACAUCUUACUGCGGAAGUGGAUAAACUGGAAAAGUUGAGAGAGAUUUACAAAACUGAAAUGGAAACCAAGCUUAGGGAAUAUCAAACAUCAUUUGCAGAUGUUGAAAAGAGAUUAGUUUCCAGGUGUGAGUGUUUGGAGAAGGAGAAUGCCUGUCUCGAGUCCAAGAUGGAAGAUCUUUUAAUGGAACUUGAUAAGUUGAAAGAGCAUAAUGACUUGAUGCAGGAUGAGAUUGCACGCCUUGAAAUAAGUUUGAAGGAUGUAGAGUUUAUAGAAAUGGAGAAUGCUCAGUUGGAAAAUAAGUUGAAAGAUACACUGGCUGAAUUAAGUCGGGCAAAAGAUGAUAAUGAUUCAAUGCGAGAUCAGGUUGCUCAUAUGGCAAUGAAUUUAAAACUCACAAAGCAACAGCAGCAAGAAAAUUCUGCAUAUCAGAAAGUGCUUGCAGAUACCACAAAUAUGUAUGAGCAGAAAAUAGUUGAUGCCAUGAAACAGUCAGAAGAUGCCUAUGCACGGGCUGAAAAUGCUGAAGGGCGUGUGGAAGAAAUGAAGAAGAAUUUAGCUGAUCUGCAAAUGUCAAUGCAGAAAGUUGAGAUGGAAAAUUCUAGAUAUCAGAAGGCACUUGCAGAGUCCACUCAGAUGUACGAGGGAAAAAUUGCUAAAUUAUCCAAGCAGGUAGCUGAUGAACACUCUCGAUUUACUGAUGCAGAAGAGCAGUUGAACUCAGUCCGAAACCUCUUGAGUGAUCAACAAAGUUUAGUCCAGAUGCAGGCACAAAAAGACAUUGUGGGGCUUGAGUCAAAGUUACGUGAAAUGCAUCAAUUGCAUGAGGCUAUGAUGAAUGAAUUGCAUUUAUUAGAGACAGAGCGAAAUGAUCUGCUAUUCGAUAAGGAGAGACUAGAGAGUAAAAUCAAUUCCAUGAGGCAAUCAAUAACCACUGAGGAAGAACGAAGGAAGGCUGCCGAAAUUGAACUGGUCAAUAUUAAGAAAGUUGUUCCUGAAAGUGAAGAUGGCUUUGAGGAGAAAAGGUCUUACAAAAGAGAGAGAUUUUCCAGUGGAUCUUCUUCGUUUGGUCAAAGGAGUGGCAUUGCAAAGAUAUGCGAAGAAGUUGGUCUCAAAAAGAUAUUGUCCUUGCUCACAUCUGAAGAGUUGAAUGUGCAAAUCCAUGCUGCAAAAGUGGUUGCUAAUCUUGCUGCAGAAGACAGCAAUCAGGAGAAGAUUGUACGCGAAGGGGGAUUGGAAGCACUGCUUGUGCUGUUGGAAUCAUCAAAAAAUAAAACCAUUCUCAGGGUGGCUUCUGGUGCCAUUGCCAAUCUAGCUAUGAAUGAAUCAAAUCAAGGCACCAUAGCAAGUAAAGGAGGUAUUAGGCUACUUGCAAAUACAGCUAACGAAACUGAUGAUCCACAAGCUUUACGAAUGGUAGCAGGAGCUAUUGCAAAUUUGUGCGGCAAUGAGGAUUUACAUGGUAUCUUGAGAGAAGAUGGGGCAAUCAAAGCACUUGUCCAAAUGGCUAGAUGUGGGAAUAGUGAUGUUAUAGCUCAGGUAGCCAGAGGAAUGGCUAACUUUGCUAAGUGUGAAUCUCGAGCAAUUCUUCAAGGAAAUCGGAGUGGGCGUUCUGCAUUGCUGAAUGAUAAUGCUCUGACAUGGUUAAUUGCCAACUCUAGCACUACUUCUAGUUCAACCCGGCGCCACAUAGAACUGGCUAUUUGUCAUUUGGCACAAAAUGUGUACAAUGCUGAGGAUUUUGUAUCCAGCGGGGGAUUGAAAGAACUGAGUCGCAUAGCAGUUGAAUCUUCCAGAGAUGACAUUCGCAAUUUAGCCAAGAAGACGAUCAACUCAAAUGUUACCUAUCGCGAUGCUGUUGAUAUGGUUUGAAAUGUGAAAUUCUUUAGGAAAAUAUGUAUGCAUGGCCGUCACUAAACAUUUCUUUGUCAGUUUGAUGUCUCAGUUUCGGCAUCAGUAAUUAAGUUAAAUUAGGUUCUCAGUUCCAAAAUUACAUUCCUCUGGUGUUAGGAGCCAUUGUCAGAGCCCAGAGGAACUUCUGAGUUUUAAGGACAUUUGAAGCGUCAAAACUGACCUUUAACCAUUGGAAUAUAACAACCUAUACAAGUGAAAUGACAGUCCUGUAGAUUGGAGGACUCGGUACAAAGUUGGAGAUUGGCAUUGGUUCUGAAAUUGAGGCAAAAAUUCAGAAUUCUAUACUUCUGAGGAGGACACUAAUUGUACAGUUCCGAAUUGGUGCCUGAACUUGUAAAUGAACGUGGGUUUGGAAUUUCAUAGAAAAAUUGAGACAACAUUUCAGAAAUCUUUCAUCACUCACUCAAUUUUUUUUGUUUUGCUACUCCAAUGUUUGAUUUCAUUUUAACUUUGCAAA